AUGCAAUUUAUGUAAUUCUAUGAGUUGAGAGGUAACUAUACUUUUUUUAUAAUUAAAAAGGAUAAAAGGAAAAAUAGCUAAUGAUUUAAUUUUUUUUCCUCAUACUGAAUAAAUAAACAAGAAAGCAAAGAAAGCUAAGACAAUAGAUAGAUAAAGUAUGGGAAUUGAAAAGGUUCUAAAUUGUAUUCUUAGCUUUUAUUUAUUUAUUAGAGAUCUAAAGUUCCUUUUAAUAAAUAUCAUAUGUACUCUGGAGCUUUUUAAAUAGAUGCAAAGUUUCAAUAUUUUUCAAGCAUUUUAUUAUAAAAGUUAAUAUAACAUUAGCUUUAAAAUCUUUAUUAAUGA